CCGCGUCAUAACACUGGCUAGGGAAGUAAAAUCGAAUAGCACACAUGCUAAAUAAUAAACUAUGCGACCACUCACUAUGGCAGCUAGAUGACAGCAGUUGUCAGGAAAACAUCUGCACUGUACCCCAGUGACCUCAUGUGGAUGUCAAGGACUUUUUCCCUCAGCUAACCUGGACAGUAGUCACAGUCUCAGGAUGGGGACUCUUCUCUGCUCUUAAAGGGAGCCUAGACGUUGGGCCAUGUUUCGUCUGCACCUGGCCAGUGCCUGUGUGCGCAGGUCUGUGUACAGUGGGCCAGGAAACCGGGACCUAGUCCUGGAUCAGCUGAAGGUGUGCUUCAGUGAAGACCAAGUGUUUGAGGUAGUGGGCAGGAACAAGGCCAAGCUUGCGGUGAACCACGUGGGUUGUGCGGUGGGGAUGCUGUGGCAGUUCCAGAAAGAGAAACCACAAUUAUUAAGGACGGUCGGGGCGGUCAAGAGCCACCCUCAGUUUCUGACCCUCAGAGUUUUGGCCGAAAACAAGAUCUCCCUCAUGGAUGACUGCUUGCUGGUGGAUAUGCUGUAUGAUGUUCUCAGACUCAAUGUGGAACCUCAUGACUCGCUAGUUCAGCAGCUGGUUUCUGAAGCCUCUGUAAGACUAGAUAGUUUCCCGCUGUCUUCCCUCUCCAAGUUCGCCAUUUGUCUGAAUGAUCAACAACUGCAGCUGAGUCCGCUGAUGGGACGCAUCACGGACAUUCUGUCCCGGAAGCUCUCGACCAUCAACGAUGCCAGAAUCCUGACCGUGCUGAUGAUCAGCGUGUCCCCCAUGGUGUCCCCUCGCCUGAGAGACCGGCUCCUGGACCGUGCGGACCACCUGCUGGACUCCAUGGACCCCGUGAAGUACAACAACCCCCGCAGGGUGGUGCAGUUCCUGCGCAACAUCCGCUUUGGCCGGCGCCCCCUGCUGGAGAAGUGCAACCGGAUCCUGCUGCGGAGCGUCCCGCGGAUGGACGCGGAGAACCUGAGCAUCAUCAUUGGCCUCUACCAGUCGCUGCAGUUCAACAACUGCGAGUUCCGUCUGGCGGCCAAGCAGCGGCUGACGGAGCUGAUCGACUCCAGUACCGACCCCGCCGCUUUCACCAAGCUCUUUGUGGCGCUGUGUCCCAUGGCCAGCACGGAGAUCAGAGAAUGGUUGGAGAGCACUGCACUCCUAUUGGCCGAUGAGUUCAAUCCACAGCAGGCCUUGAUACUCGCUGAGGGGCUUGAGGAGAUCCAGUGUAGGAACCUCAACCUGAUCAACAAGAUUGCAUCAAUAAUCCAAAAGAACCUUAGAGUCUACAAAUCCAUGGAGGUGGCGAGGAUCACCCAGGCCCUCUUCCUGCUGCACUACCAGAACCCCGAGCUGUUCAACAAGUUACGGAGCAUCCUCAUCAGCUUCCUCCAGGACAGCCUGUACCCCUCGGAGGUCACCAUGCUGACGCGCGUGCUGGCCACCCUGCCCGGCCCGCGGCUGGAGGCGGGCGUGGUGGCGCGUCUGGACGCCGUGCUCCCCCAGUGCAACCUCAGCGACCUCAACACGCUGGCGCAGGCGGUGGGCAAGUGCGCGCGCAACGACGCCUCCUACCGCCACAGCUCGCCCAGCCAGUACGUGCGGCUGCUGCAGGGGCUCAGCCGCUGCGGCCACGAGCGGCUGGACACGGCGGACCGCCUGGACGUGCUGCUGGACGAGCUGCGCUACGCCUCGGGCGAGUGGUUCGAGGAGACGCUGCUGGAGCACACCAUGGCCACGCUGCAGAGGAUGACGGCGCAGGUGAGCUGGAGCAGCGUGCCCGACCUGGCGCACCUGCUCACCAAGACCAACCACCUGUGUGCCCCGCUGCUGGACCGCAUCGCCACGGUCACCCUGAAGGACAUCCACAAGAUCCAUCCCUCCGCCACCUACGCCACACUGCUCCCCUUCGCCGUCCUCAACUACGACUCUCCGACCGCAGACGAGCUGUUUGACGUCUGCAUCGAGCACCUAAAACCUCACAUCAGGUCCUUCGACCCCCACAUGUUGGUGUUGCUGGCCUACGCUCUGGUCGUGGCCGACUGCUUUCCUGAAGAAGUGUUUAGAGAAAUCUUCAACGUGGACUUCCUCGCCAAACUCGACGCGCACCUAGAAACUAUGCCCGACCUGCUCAACAUGCGGAUCCGCCUUCGGCUGAUGGAGGUGAACCGCGCCGUGUGUCUGGAGUGUCCCGAGUACCAGGUUCCCUGGUUCCACGCGCGCUACUGCCAGCAGCUACAGAAGAAAGGGAGUUUCUCCAGCAGUCUGGUCCAAAAGCAAAUCCACAAGAUCCUGGCCGAGGUCCUGGGUGGUGCGGACCGGGCCAGGGCGUCGGUGCUCACGCCAUAUUUCUACACCAUAGACUUUGAGUGCGUGUUGGACCGGUACAACCGGCCCGUGGCCUACAGCGAGCCCAGCACCCUGCAGAUCUCGGAUGGCGGGAAAGUCCAGUGGAGGGCGGAGCCAACGGAGACGGUCAUGAACGAGCUGCCACCCGGAGCACAGCGGGUCGCUGUGGACUUCUUGGAUUCAAAGGCGUUCUGUAAGAACUCUCGCCACAUGAAGGGGGAGACGGGGAUGAGGAAGAGGCACCUGGAGAUCAUGGGAUACCGUGUUGUUCAGAUCCCCCAUUACGAGUGGAACUCGAUGGAGCUGUCCACGCAAGACGCCUGGGUUGGAUACCUUAAGAAGAAAAUAUUUACUGAGGUGUCGUCUUCUUAACUGAAGUAUGAACAUCAAUGUUACCAUCGACAAAACCCUCAACACUGUGGGAUGGAGUUGAACAAUCAUGUUUUUUUUUUUUUUUUAAGUGUUCCUUAUUUGCUCAUUUGACUUCGAGUGGCCUACUUUAUGUUAUUUAAAAA